AACAUGCAGUGUUUCUGUGCCUUGCUUUUCUCAAACCCAGAUUUGGCGACGGCUACGUUGUGACAAUGAAAAUCAAGGCAGCUAAAGCAGGCUUGUGUCCAGAACUGGAGCCUGUGGAGAACUUUAUGGAGAGCUCCUUCCCCGGCUGUGUUCAGCGGGAGAAACACUACAACACGCUGCAGUAUGAAAUUGCCUCAUCCUCCCUGGCGAGGAUUUUCCAGCUGGUGGUGGCCAAUAAAGACAGGCUCAGCAUCGAAGACUACUCUGUUUCCCAGACAACGCUGGACCAGGUGUUUGUCAACUUUGCCAAGCAGCAGACGGGAGGGGACGACGAAGUGACGCUGCACAGACGAACAGCAAGAAAGGACAUGAAGAUCUCACCCGUGAAGAGGAAAUAAUGGGCAGCCACUUCUGAAUACUCAGACGAAAACAGAAGGGUUUCCCUGCAGAGCAGUGAAUAUGAUGCACAUUCCAUAACCCAGCAGCCUCGUCUCAAACUUUUGCUAACCAAGGUGUUCAUGAGUUAGUGAGGCCAUUCAUCUGCCAAGUUGGUUCCUGCAGCCACAGCCAAACUACAAAUGCCUUUGGCUCCUGAUGUGGAUUAACUUGACCUGAUAUACCAAGCAUGUGUGACUCAUGAUUAUGACUUACAGUGUCUGUUAGCCCACAGAGACUGAUGUGGAAACAGAGAAAACCGCUCGUCAGACUGAUGGGUUAUUUAAAUAUGUACAUAUUGUAUAAGUUAUGAAUUAUUAAGCUUCCUAGACUUUGUUUUGUCUAUAUUAAUAACACAAAUCUAUUUUAUUAGGCAUAUGUACAUGAAAUAUUUAUUUGUCCUCAGACUGACUGAAUGCAAAAUAUGUUUACCACUGCUUUUGUUCUGUUUGGUCAUUUGCUAAGCAUUAAAGUAUUUCUUUAUCUGCUGUGUUU